UUUGUUCAGCACGCAUUUUUACUCGCUUUAUGAGAUAAUUUUAGUGAGAUUUGUUUUUAAAAUUUGUCGUGCCUCUAAACUACUUAAAUGUGCUUCUGUUCUACAUCUUUUUAUUCAACUUAUUUGUGAUAAAUGAAGUUAUUAAUGUAAAAAUUUUAACAUCAUUCGCCAACGCCAUUUUGUUUAAUCAGCUCAGUGUUUAUAGAUAGCCGAGUGCACAGGGGCGAUGAGCAAAUGUGUGGAUCACUGCGCAUGCGCAGAUGGAUUUGUACAAUAGCAUGCCGGCGUCUCCUCGUGUUCAUCUGCUCGACCAAUCAGAGCUCAGUGAUGUCACUCAGUACAAGAGUGACAUUCUGUCGAGUGCCGCUUGGAGUGCCGUGAUCCAUCACCCGGCUGAAGACUCUGAGCCAGAUGAGCUGCCUUCCACGGUUGACAUUGACGCCAUCAAGGAGCCGGCCACCCCUCUGCCAGCCCCUUGCACCCCUGGCGGCACCAAUGAGAACUACGAUGUCUCGGAUGAUCCGGAUUCUGAAUCGACCUCGGAUGAUCCGGACUCGGACUCUGAGUCGGACACUGACAGCGAAGAAGAGGGGGAAGAGGAGGGAUCUCGAGACACGUGGAGUGAGAGCGAAUCGGAGUCAGCCAGUGAGGAGGAGGAUGGGGCGGGGACGAGGAGGAGGAGAAGCAGCUCCUCCUCAGAGGAAGAGGAGAAGAAGGUUAGUGAAAACUACUACCGAUCUCGGCAACCGGAUCCCUCCAAUCCAAUGAAGGUGAAAAUAUCGGCCAUGAAGCACAAGUCUACUGAUCGCAAAGCAUCAUCACACUCAUCCGACGAAGAGAGCUCGAGAGAAGUGGAGGAGGAGGAGUGUCAAAAAGAGAGAAAGAGAUCUGCACAAAAGCCCAGUUGCUCUUUGGAAAAUGUGUCACCCGUUAGACUAUCCAGUGCCAUAGACACACUGCAAAGCGACAGGGACUCGCUCCGCUCGGCAGCGGCUGCGUUCCAUCGCAGUAACCGGAACAGUUACCAAGGCAGCAGUAAUAGUGUUUCUGGUAGAACUGUUACCUCCCGUCGUCGUGAAUCACCAUUCAAAACUAGGACUGCCUGUGGCUUCAAUAGAACUGAAGAAGUUUCAAGUUGUAGUAGCGGUGAUUCGAGAACUGUUACAUCUGGUAGCGGUGACUCGAGAACUGUUACUUCUAGAACCAGUUCUCACCGUGAUUCACCGAGCAAAAUGGAAGAGUUAAAGUUGUUGAACAGUGCAAAGUGUAGUAGUAACAGUGACUCGAGAACUGUUACUUCCAGAACAAGUUCUCACCGUGAUUCCCCCCAAGAUAUGAAUAGUAGAAAGAUUAGUAACAGUGACUCGAGAACUGUUACUUCCAGAACCAGUUCUCACCGUGAUUCCCCCAAUGAUAUGAAUAGUGGAAAGGUUAGUAACAGUGACUUGAGAACUGUUACAUCUAGAACCAGUUCUCACCGUGAUUCACCGAGCAAAAUGGAAGGGUUAAAUUCGUUGAACAGUGCAAAGUGUAGUAGUAACAGUGACUCGAGAACUGUUACAUCUAGAUCAAAUCGUGAUUCCCCCCAAGAUAUGAAUAUUAGGAAGGUUAGUAACAGUGACUCGAGAACUGUUACUUCAAGAACCAGUUCUCACCUAGAUUUCGCAAGGAAAGUAGAGGAUAAGUGUGGUAGUAACGGUGACUCGAGAACGGUUACUUCGAGAUCCAGGAGUAAAUAUGAUGAUUGUGGAGGAGUAUUUAAGAACAUGAACGGUACUGAUUCGACGCGGGCAGUGAGACGCAAGAUUGUGAGAGAGGCAGAGGGAGAGAGAGAGACGAAUGGCAGAACUGUGACGCCGACAAGGAAGGAAACUAUUUCGUCUAGUAUAAGACUGCGCAGCUCCCGUAGACAGCCUACUGAAACGCUCACAUCGACAAUUUCUGGAGCCAAGCAGCGUAAUGCGGCGUCUGUUGCAACACAAGUAACAGAAUCGUCUUCAAAUGAUGAGGAGGGUGAUGACGUAGAAGAAGAAGAGGAGGAGGAUCAGGAAGAAGAGAAAGAGAAAUCGGACAGAGAAUUGGAAAAGGAUGAAAUGACACAACUUGAUAGACCAUCAUCAACAUUGUCCAUAUCUGAACAUCUCCAGGUAAAAAAAAUAAAAAUUCAAUUUAUUUUGUUACAUUUUAAUGAAUUGAGAAUUGUUAUGUUUUUAAUUUAUGAUGUUUUUUGUGUACAGGCGGCGUCUGUUGCAACACAAGUAACAGAAUCGUCUUCAAAUGAUGAGGAGGGUGAUGACGUAGAAGAAGAAGAGGAGGAGGAUCAGGAAGAAGAGAAAGAGAAAUCGGACAGAGAAUUGGAAAAGGAUGAAAUGACACAACUUGAUAGACCAUCAUCAACAUUGUCCAUAUCUGAACAUCUCCAGGUGAUCAACCAAGAAGAUUUGGCGGCCAUUUUGCCGGACGUUGGCGGCAAUGAGUUUUUGGGGAAGGGGGCGUCAGGAGGAGGAGGAGUAGGUGGAGGGGGAAGAAGGAGAAGCAAAGGAGAAGGGGGAGGGAGAGCGGUGGAGAGCGGUGGAGGAGGAGAUUCGUCGACAUCAUCGUCCGACAAUGAGACGCUUCCGGACGUGUCUGACGUCAUCAAUCAGAUCACGUCGGAUCAGUCGGAUCAUGACGUCAGCAAGAUGGCGGCUGAUGAUGGAGAUGAUGAUGAUGAUCAUGCUGACGAUGACGCCGACAGUGAAGUGGAUGAGGUGGGUGGCUAUUCUUCCAAGCUGUUGCAGCGUUUCAACCAACAGACUGAGCAGCUGAGCUCUAUCAAUGCCGACCUGACAACUAGGAGAGGAGGUACGGAUGUUGUUGAGAUGGAGGGGGGUGGCGGAGAAGAAGGAGGAGGUGGAGGAGGGGGAUACUGUCAGGUGUCACCUGACUCUGGCAUUCAGUCGGUGAAUGGGUCUCCUGCGCAUGCGCAGACUACGUCUGAGCCCAUUGCCAACAUUGCGAAACUGUACACUAGAAGCAACGAACUGCAAGGUGGAGAGAGAGGCAAGCGGGGACCAGGCAGGCCGUCGAAGAGCAGUGACAAGAAGAAGUGGCGAAAGGAAAGAGACCAUCAGCUCAAGGUGCCGCCUUUCUACAAGAAGAAGCAACAGUUAGACAAUGAGCUACCACAGCUGUAUGGCGCCAACCGCAGGGGCCCCGGCCGACCGAAGAAGUCGCCGCCCAUUCUGGAGCCCAACCUGCCCAGUUCAUCACAGAAGAGAAAUCACAAGCAUCGUCAUCACCACCAUCAUCACCGUCAUCAUCAUCAUCGCCAUCAUCAUCAACAGACAGAGUCAAACAGCAGUAGCACACUGCUGCUCAAUGAGAUCUGUGAACAGGUGAGCAAGCGGCUGGACAUUGCCGCUGUGGAGGACACCAUCAAAGAGCUGCCGCCAGUUGUGGCUGCCAUUAAUGGCCGGCUCAAGCACAAGUCCAAGCUGCACCAUCAUCACCACCACCAUCACCACACAAGUACAGUCAAGAAUGCAUCUCUCAAGAAUGGAGAAAGAAAGAGAAUUGUCGCUCUCCCAAAGUCAAUUGCUAUCAGAAGUCACAGGCAUAAGAAACGGAAAAAGGCUAGGAAGAGUGUGCAAGUGGAUGCUUUGAAAACAGACCCCAGGUUCCUAGUUGAUCUCGAUCAACUGGUUGUGGUGUUUGAGAAGCUGUGUCACAUAAAGCCACCUGUGAAACCAGUUUCUGCUACCACCACAAAGUCGGAUGUGAAACCAGUUUCUGCUGUUUCCACAAAGUUGUGUCACACAAAGUCAGAUGUGAAACUGGGUUCUGCUACCACCUCAAAGUUGUGUCACACAAAGUCAGAUGUGAAACCAGUUUCUGCUACCACCUCAAAGUUGUGUCACACAAAGUCAGAUGUGAAACCAGUUUCUGCUAGCACCACAAAAUUGUGUCACUCAAAGUCGGAUGUGAAACCAGUUUCUGCUAGCACCACAAAGUUGUGUCACACAAAGUCGGAUGUGAAACCAGGUUCUGCUACCACCACAAAGUUGUGUCACACAAAGUCGGAUGUGAAGCCAGGUUCUGCUACCACCUCAAAGUUGUGUCACACAAAGUCAGAUGUGAAACCAGGUUCUGCUACCACCUCAAAGUUGUGUCAGACAAAGUCACCCAAGCCAGAUGUGAAGCCAGUUUCUGCUACCACCAGUGAAGCUGACACAUCAAAAACUUCUGUGCCUCCUGUGUCCAGCAAGUCUUCCAAAAGCAAAAAGCGAAAGGACAGGGAGCAAAGCAAUGAGGUGGUGGUGGCAGCAGAGGUGCCAGUACAACAGCAACAACAAUUGUUGUCAGCUGGUGUUGUAGCAACAGUUAAACGGCGGCCAAAGAAGGCAGCUGUUGAAACGCCCAAAAGUCGCAGCGACAAACUGGAGCCGGCCAACAAUGAGCAACGGUUGCCACUGAAGAAGCGCCACUACCACAUGUCGAGCAGUACAACGCCACAUUUGGAAUCAUCCAGUCCUGACUCAGAUAUUGCAGUAGACACACACAUCACACCACCUGCUCAACAUAUGGUGGAGAAGAGUGAGAAUCUUGGGACGGAUUCAAUUGAUGAGGCGAUCGAGGCGUGUAUCAACAAAUAUGGCGGUGCGUCAGUCAUUGCAACGCCCAAGAAACGACAUCGUCCCGACUCUGACACAGCUACCACUGUUCAAGUGAAAAGUGGCGCAAACAGUGUUUCCAACUCGUCAUCAACGCAGGCGACAAACAAACGAGUCAGCUCCAGUGUUGCCAACUCGUCAUCGCAGCCGACCAACAAGAGAGUGAGUUCCAGAAGUUUGAGUCAAAGCUGCACCGUGACUGCUGCUGCCGCCAAGGUGGUAACGGUUACCGCAGUAACUGCUCCAGCCGGCAAGCGAGCCAGUUGCCGGGUAACUGCUCCUCCGCUGGUAACUGCUCCGGUGACUAGUGCAGCGACUAAGCGAGUGUCGGCUCGUAGCUCGAGUGCGGUCGAGUGUGGUAGUGCCAAUGCCAAUGCCAAUGCAACACCUAAACGCAGUUCGUCUCGAGUGACGAAACGUGGCGCCAUCACUAGGUGCAGUGUGGACGUUAGCAGUGAAUCGACGGACCAACCGCUGAUCACACCGAUCCCCGACGAAGCUCCAAAAUGUAGCAAGAGCCGCGCAGCCCACAAACCACCGCCAGCCGGCGUUUUUGAGCCGUCGACAAAAAUCGACGACUUGGUCAGCCUGCCGAAAAUCGCAACCAAAAUCGACCAGUUGGUCAGUUUGCCGAAAAUCACUCCGCCGCCUAUCAAGACGUCCGUCUGUCAAGUGAUCAAUAAACUCACGGAACGUUUGAAAGGUCUGGAUGAGAGGAAUAAAGUGCCGGAACGUGUGAAAAGUGGUCUGGAUGACAGGAGUAAAGUGACUGAACGUGAAAAGGAUAAGAUCACGGAACGUGUAAAAGGUAGUCUGGAUGACAGGAAUAAAGUGCCGGAACGUGUGAAAGGUGGUCUGGAUGAGAAGAGUAAACUCACGGACCGUGUGAAAGGUCAGGACCAGAGUUGUACAAGUGACGCGGACGCGUCCGUGUUUCGCAACCUUAGAACGAAGCGCGCAAAUCCGUCUGAAGACGGGAAAAUCUCCCAGGUAGAUGUGAAAAGUGUUUCUUCAUCAAUUCCUGAUGAGGUAGAUGUUGAAAAGUCGGAGAAACCGAAACUUUUAGAUUGUUUAUUGGUUUCUGAUGAGGAUAAGUCGAAAAAACGGAAACUGAUUAGAGAUGUGCGAGUGCAUGUGACUAAACUGUUGCCCUCCGAUCUGGUUGUCACAACUUGUAAACCGGUUGUUGAUGUGCCGGCGGCCAAACCGAAGGUUAAACGGCGCAAAGCGAUUAACAGAACCGGGUUUCCAGUCAAGAAGAAAAAGAAGAAGAAGGUAGAGCAAGUGAUAAGAGAAGAAGAGGGGACACUGGGUCCUCCCCAGCUGGAAGACCAGACCAAGAUGGUGGCGUGUAUGCAGUUCGAUGAGACACCCGCUCUCUCUCCCGUCUCUCUUUCUCCCAAACGAGAGUCGGCUCGACAGAGGAUUAACAACAAAAAGAGCUCCAACUCUACUUUAAAUACUAGUUCUACCACUUGUGAUACAAUGUCCGAUAUUAAGGCACUUGUUAGCCAGCUUAAGGAGAGAAAACUUAGAAAUAAAGAAGAAUUAGAUGUUAACACAGAUGAGCAACAAGCAAGCUUGAUAACAAUCAAGGAUAGUAAUUUGAUAAAAGAUAAGAUACUUACUGAUGAAGAAAAAAAUGAUUUUAACAAAGAUGAACAGUUACUGGUAACAGCUAAUGUGACUGACAAAAAACUUGGAGAUAAUGAAGAACCAACCAAUGAACAGCUGAUAUCUAUCGAUGAGAAAAACCUUGAAGAUUCAGCUUUCAUUGACAGUGGCAAAAUGAAAUCUAAUAAAGGUAGUUGGGGGUUAGAAAACGUGGAGUCUUCCGAUAAUGUUGUUAAACAAGAAGCAAUCAAUGUGAUAAAUAACAGAAAACGCAGAGAUAAGGAAGAUUUGGUUCUUAACAAAGAUGAAAUGAUAACAAACAAGGAUAGUAAUGUGAUAAAUAGCAAAAAACAACGUAGAGAUAAGAAAAAGCUAGAGUUGAACAAAGAUGAAAUCAUGAAAAACAAGGAUAGUGAUGUGAUAAAUAGCAAAAAACAACGUAGAGAUAAGAAAGAGUUGGAGGUUAACAAAGAUGAACUAAUAACAAACAAGGAUGGUGAUGUGGUAAGUAGCAAAGAACAACGUAGAGAUAAGGAAGUGAACAAAGAUGAAGCACUGAAAACAGACAAUGUGAUGAUAGACAGUGUAAUGAAGGGUAAGAAACGAAGAGAUUUGGAUGUUGACAGAGGUGAGCUGAAAGUAAACAAGGAUAAUGUAACAAAGGAGAGAAAACGUAGGGGAAAAGAAGAUAGGGAGUGUGUGAAUGAGGGUGUCAAAGAGGAGGGAGUGGAAGAGAAGGUGGAGGAGGUGGCUAGGAAGGUGGAGGAGGAGAAGGAGACUAGAAAAGAAGAAGCUGUGCUGGUUGUAACUAGUAGGAGAUCGACCCGAAAGGUGGGCACAGAAGAGAGGAAGGAGGAGAGUGAGAUGAAGGAGAAUGUGGUUGGAAAGAGAGAGGAGAAGAGAGUGACGGCGGAAAGGAAAUCGUUGAAAGAUAUAACGGACAGGAAACAGAAGGGGAAGGGGAAGGAAGUGGGUGUGGCGGUCGAGAAGGAGAAGGAAGAAGAGAAAGAGAAGGAGGAUGAGGAAGAGAAGGAGGAAAGUGUGGUGCAAAAGAAGAUAACACGGAAAUUAGCCAAAGAUACGGAUGAAAAUGGGGAGAAAGAGGGGGGAUGCGUCGAGAAGAGGCCUAGACUGGAGUUGGAGAAGAGAGUGAGGCACAAGUCUCAGCGAUCUCAGCGGCUGCGUCUUCGGGAUAAGGCCGAGGCUAGUAAACGACGCAAAAGGAAAAGGAACGGAGUGAGAAGAGGGAGGACGAAAAGGAUGAGGUCGAUUGAAGAGGGAGUGGGGGAGAAAGAGGGAGAGAGAGAAGGCGACCCUCUGCCGUCAACUGCCAGUGACCUGGAGGAGGAGCAGAAGGUUGGAGGAGGUCUGGGAGGAGGAGGAGGAGUGGGGGAAGGGCGUAAACGCGCGUUUGUGCCACGUUGGCGAAAACGCUACCUGACUGCCGGCCUCUUCUCGGACGUGUACAAGCGCGGCGGAAGGCAAGAUGGCGGCGACCACUCGCAUGAGAGAGACAGAGACAGAGAUAGGGACAGAGACUGGCGCGUGUAUCGGCCCGAUGAGCACCGCUACGGUUUGAUGCCGGCACCCAUUUACUGCGCCAAAUGGGUGCGACAACGUAGGGUGCACUUUCAACUUCCGCACGAUCUGUGGUGGUUACACAAGCACUCGCGUCUCCCUGGCAGGGAUGUCGUUCCCUCCUGGAAUCACAAGAAGAUCAGAACCAACGUGUACUACGACGUAAAACCCAGCUACAUGUACGAGGCGCAGGCCUGCAACUGCAAUCUGCCCCCCGCCCAGGGGGUUCAAGGGGGCCAAGGGGGCAAGCCCCCCCCAGGCUGUGGCGAGGACUGCAUCAAUCGACUCAUCUACACUGAAUGCUCUCCGCGCCUCUGUCCCUGCAAACAGCACUGCUCCAACCAACGUAUACAGAGACACGAGUGGGCACCUGGGCUGGUGAAGUUCAUGACAGCGGACAAGGGGUGGGGUGUGAAGACACGGCACCCGAUCAGGACGGGCGAGUUCAUCCUGGAGUAUGUGGGCGAGGUGGUGAGUGAGCGCGAGUUCAAGAGUCGCAUGGCGUCCAGGUAUCACAGUGACACGCACCACUAUUGCCUGCAUCUGGACGGAGGCCUCGUCAUCGACGGGCAUCGCAUGGGUGGCGAUGGUCGUUUUGUGAACCACUCGUGCGAGCCCAACUGUGAGAUGCAGAAGUGGAGUGUGAACGGCCUGUUUCGCAUGGCUCUGUUCGCUUUACGUGACAUCCGACCGCACGAGGAGCUCACCUAUGACUACAACUUUGCCCUGUUCAACCCCAAGGAGGGCCAGCCUUGCCUGUGCAAAUCGUCCAGGUGUCGCGGCGUCAUAGGCGGCAAAUACCAGCGCUUAAAUCAGGUAUUGGUAAACAAAGAAAGUCAGGACAACAGUGCUGCCACCAAACCGCGUAAAAAGUCGAGAAAGGGCCAAGUGGAUGCCAAGCAGCAGCAGCAACAGCAGCAGGACAAAAACGCGGUUGGCAGCACUGCUAAGGAGACGCAGGCGAGCAGUUGUCAGGUUGGCAGCACAGGCUCGCUUCAGCCGCCGAAACCGCUCACAGCAACGCAACAGCAACUGGUUGCCAGCACCCGGCUAUUUCUGUUGCGCAACUUCGCCAAGGUGAAACGGUGCCGAGAAAAGUUGAAGCAAGCGGUUGAAACAACUAGAAACGAUGAGAGCAACGCUGCUGGUGCGCGAAACGUGCGCGCCCGUCGACCCGUGCAUGCGACGAACAGCAACGCGCAACAAACGCGCGUCGUUGAGUUGACCGAAUCGCUCGAAGCACUGUACGGCGCUCUUGUCUCUGCCAAAGAUGACAAGGGUGAGCCGUUAGCCACCCCUCUAAUGACGAUGCCAUCCAAGCGACGUAACGAAACGCCCAUCGACUUGAACACUAUCGACUCUCGAAUUAAGUCUGGCCACUAUCAAUCUCUGCAAGAGUUUGAUACCGACAUGAAUCGACUGUUGGCCAACGCUGUUCGGUAUUACGGCCGAUCGUCCCAGAUGGUAGCAGUAACCGAGCAGUUGAAGGAUGUUUACACAGCGGCCAAACGAGGCGUUCUGCCGCAAAUUGAUGCGGAGCUAGGCGAGCCACCCUCUGUCUCCUCCCCACUCCACAAUCAAGCAGGGUGCGAUGAUAAUGAGGACGACAAGGAAGAGGAAGGGGUGGAGGAGAAGGAGGAGGAUGAGGUGGAGGAGAAGGUGAAGGAGGGGGAGGAGGAGGAGGUGAUCAGAUGUGUGUGUGGCAUUCUGCGCGAUGAAGGCCUGAUGAUCCAGUGCGAGAAGUGCAUGGUUUGGCAACACUGCGACUGUGUGAAGGCCGACCCGGGUGUGGAGCACUAUCUGUGCGAGCAAUGCCACACUAGACCCGUGGAUCGCGAAAUCAAGUACGACACAAACCCGCCCUACGCUCAGCCCGGCCAGACGCACUACAUGACCCUCAUGCGAGGCCAGCUCCAGAUCAGACAAGGUGAUACAGUGUAUGUGCUGAGGGACAUCCCCAACGAAGAGACCGGCACUAAGCACAACUACAAGACAAUCAAGGUCAUCGACUAUAACGACUGUGAUAUUUUCCGCAUUGAGAGGCUCUGGAAAGAUGAAAAGGGCGACCGGUUUGUGUUUGGCCACCAUUACCUGCGGCCUCACGAGACCUACCACGAGCCGACGCGCAAGUUCUACCUGAACGAGGUGAUGCGGGUGCCGCUCUACGAGGUGGUCUCCAUCGACCUCGUCAUGGCGCACUGCUACGUCCUCGAUCCAAACACCUACUGCAAGGGUCGACCAAGGGACGCCGUGAUGGAACAUGUCUACAUCUGCGAAUACAGGGUGGACAAGGGUGCACGCCUGUUUGCCAAGUUGGCACGCGCCAAGCAGCCGCCCGUCUGCACAAAGGCGUAUGCCUUUCACACGUAUGCGCAGCGUCUCAAGAUAUCCCGAACCUAUACGCCUCAUGGUCCACCUCCAUCAACCUCAUCCGUUUCCGGCGGAAAAACGUCCACUGCGCAUGACUUGGAGCAGCAAGGAAGUUCCGUUACAUUGUCAAGCAAUGCAACGGUGGCGAAAAGCAACGCAACGGCGACGAAAAGCAACAUAGCGGUGGCGAAAAGCAACGCAACAGUGACGAAAAGUAACGCAACGGCGGCGAAAAGCAACGCAACGGCGGCGAAAAGCAACGCAGUGGCGGCGAAAAGCAACGCAACGGCGGUGAAAAGCAACGCAGCGCUGACUGUUUGCAACGUAACAAACAAUUCGUCUCAAACCGAUGUUACUCGGUUACCUAUGGCAGCUAGGAGAGGCGAUCAAAAGCAGCGUGUGAACAGCAUUGCGUUGCGUCUGCUCGCACGCGCACCCAGCAAGCAGCCGCCACUCGACCUGUCCUAUCUGCUGGAGCCGAGUCGACGCAACCGCAAGCGACCCGCCCUGCUCUGUCCAUGAGACUGGUUUCUGCGCUGAACUCGACCACCUCUUCCAGGUUUCACGACCACAUAGCACUAUCAACCUCAGUUUACCAACAGGACAGGCUUCCGCGUGAGGUCCACGUUGUAA